AUGGGCUAUCGGGAUGGAAUUAUUGCUGGGAAAGAAGCGUCUGCUCAGGAGGGCUUCAAUGCCGGAUUUAAGAAAGCUGUGCUUGGUGGGUACAAGUGGGGCUUUGUCAGAGGUGUCGCUAGGUAAAUCCGCUUGAAAAGUUCCCCUGAAGAAGAUGUGAUCGUUCAUAUAUUAUUGUCAAUUGAUGAUUUUUAUAUACCGCUAAAGAUUUUCCAUUUGGAUUGCAACCGAUUUCCAGUGCGCUGACUGGUCUUCCAGAUUCUCCGAGGGGAAAGUUGGCUGAAAGAAUAGAGAAAAAGGACGCACUCUGGAAACUGUGCGAAACUGUUCGCUCCAUGUCUACAGAUGAUGCUCUGAGGAUGUUCCAUGAUGGUACGCUAUUGGAAGGGGCGGUGGUGGCACCUCAUAGGCAGCAGAAAGACCUGAGUUCUGCAGGAGCCACGGCAAGUGGGGAAGAAGGGCCUGGCCAGCUGGGAAGCUACUAUGGGGAGCUUAAGUCACUCAUAAGUGAGCUUGGUGAUGUUGAAUUACCCACCCAUCAAAGAUAAAACAUGAUGAUUGUACGAGUUGCUAUGGUUCUUGGAUGAUUUUGGAGCAACACGGUUGCAGGAAAAUGAUCUGAGAAAUUAUUACAGAGAACUCAUGUCACUUGUAUAAAUCCACGUUAUGGGAUCACAUAUCCCAAUGUCUAGACGUUAUUCAUGUCGAGCCCCGGAGCCCGCAUCGUGGAAGCCAUGUAGUCGCGUGUGGCUGAGAGAGAGAGAGAGAGAGAGAGAGGUGGCGCCGCCCAGCCGCUCCGCCGCCGGUUUCCGCGGCGGCGGCGCCUUCUCGCUCAACUCCACCAUCAGGUCGCUCCUCGCCUCGGGGCGCCCCCAGGAAGCUCUCGCCCACUUCCUCGACGGCCACCGGCGCGGCCUCGCCAGGCUCGACAGCUUCACCAUCCCGCCCCUGCUGAAGCUCUCUCACGCCCUCCGCCUUCCUCUCUUCUAUGCGGAGCACCUCCACGCGGUGGCCGUCAAGGGCGGCCACCUUGCCGACCUCUUUGUGCGCACCGGCCUCGUCGAGCUCUACUUCCAGGGCGGGCGCCUGACUGGGCCGCGCAACCUGUUCGACGAAUGUCCUCGAGGGGACGCCGCCCUGUGGACCGCCAUGAUUUCCGGGCUUUCUCGGAUCGGGCGCGCCGAGGAAUCUCUGGGCAGGUUCUUCGCCAUGGUCGAGCAGGAGGGGAUCGAGCCCACCAACAUGACCGCGGCGAGCGUCCUCUCCGCCUGCGCGCAGCUGAAGGAGCCGGGCUUGGGAAAGGGCCUCCAUGGCUUCCUGCUCAGGGGCGGCCUGCUCGACGAGGCAGAUGCGAUCCUCGAGACCGCCCUCCUGGACAUGUACGCCAAAUGCGGGGAGAUGAUCUACGCCCGCAGGGUCUUCGACAAGAUGCCCGAGAGGAGCAACUCCGGCGUCGCCUGGAACUCGAUGAUCACCGGCUGUUCCGAGAGCGGCUUAUACCAGGCGGCGCUCGAGCUGCUGAGGGGCAUGCUUUCCUCCACUCGGUUACGACCCAGAUGGGGGUCCCUCUCGGCGGCGCUGGGCAUCUGCGGCGCGACGGCGGAUCUCCGUAAGGGGAAGCAGCUCCACGGGUACAUCCUCAAGGCCGGCAGCAACGGACCUCCGCAUGCCGACGGCCUGGCACAGGGUAACGCCGUCGUCCACAUGUACGCCAAGGGCGGGUGCCUGCGCUCCGCCACUGCCCUGUUCGGUACCAUGCCGAGGAGGAACGUGGCGACGUGGACCGCGCUGAUGUCCGUGUACGGCGCCCACGGGCUGGGCAGGAGAGCUCUGGAGGUCUUCGGGGAGAUGAAGCAAUCCGGAGUCGAGCCAGACGGCGUCGCCUUCCUCGCCCUCCUCACCGCUUGCAGUCACUGCGGGCUGGUCCGAGAGGGAGAGGCGCUGUUCCAGUCCAUGGAGCUGGAGCACAACAUCGCCCCUGAGAUGAAACACUUCGUCUGCAUGGUGGACCUCUACGGCCGGGCCGGGCUGCUCCAGGAGGCUCGUGACUUCAUCGAGAGGAUGCCCGCGGAGCCACCCAAGUUCGCAUGGGUGACCCUGCUCGCUUCUUGCAGAAACCACAAAGAUCUCAGGCUGGGGGAGCUCGCCGCCAUUAGAGCUCUGCAACUGGACCCCCGCGAGGUCGGAGUUUACUUGCAUCUGUCAAGAAUGUAUGCAGAUGCAGGGCGGUGGGGGGAGGUGGCCAAGGUGAGGACGUCCAUGAAGGAGAUGGGGCUGAGCCCUGCAACAGCGUGCAGCUGGGUGGAGGUGAGGGGGAAAGUGCACAGAUUCACAGUGGGCGCGGACCACAUGAGUGGGCACUCUGCAAGGAUCCGCAGGGUGAUCAAGUCAGUGAGGCAGAUGAUGACGAAGGCCGGUCUCCUGCGGGUCAAGGCGGCGUUCGACCAUCACGUCGGUGAGGAAGAGAAUGCAGAGGAUUUAUGUGGGCACACAGAAAAGAUCGCCCUGGCCUUUGCUCUGACUGAGUGGGGAGGCUGGGGGGUCAUCAGGAUAGGGAAAAACCUCCGAGUCUGCAGGGACUGCCACGAGAUGUUCAAGUUUGUAUCCAUGAAUUCUGGUGUAGAAAUCCUCCUCAAAGACCCCAACCGCUACCACAGGUUCGGACAGGGCAGCUGCUCUUGCCUUGACUACUGGUGA